AUGGAGUCUCAGUCCGCCGCCGCCCCCGCUGCCCCCGCCGCCGCCCCCUACAUGCGAGACCGCUUUGGGUGCUGCUUCCACAACUGGAUAGCACAGCAACACCGCGACCUCAACGAGCUGCUGGUGGCGGUCUCCACCGACUCCGGCGAUGCCGAGAAGCUCAGGUCCCUCGCCGGGAAGAACAUCCAGCACUUCCGGGACUACCUCGAGGUCCGGUCGCAGCUCGCCCAGCACGACGCGCCUUCCUUCUUCUGCCCCUCCUGGUGCACCUCCUUCGAGGACUCCUUCCUCUGGAUCGGUGGUUGCAGUGAUUUUAAGCGAUCACUUUCUCGCAGGCCGACUCUGGCUAUCAGGCUCGUGUACUCGAUCUCUGGAUCGGACCUAGAGGCCUGGCUCACCAGCGGAGGGAGACGAGGCGAUGAUAAUAGCAACGGCAGCGGCGACAAUCUCAGCGCGAUAUCGGCAUCGCAGCUGAAAUCAAUCAACGAACUGCACAUGAAGACGGCGAGGAUGGAGGAGAAGCUGUCGAGCCGGAUGGCGAGCAUGCAGGAGGAGAUCGCGGACGACCCACUGGCGCUGAUAGCGAGGCGGAGAGGCCGGGUAGGGGAGGAGAGCGAGUCGGUGGAGAGGGUGAUGAAGGGGCAUGCCCUGUCGCUGGCGCGGGUGCUGACGGAGGCGGACGAGAUGAGGCUGGCGACGCUGAGGGAGAUGGUGGAGGAGAUCCUGACGCCGUUGCAGGCGGUGGAGUUCCUGGUGAACAUGAAGAAGCUUCACCUCUCGAUCCACGAGUGGGGGAAACGGAGGGACUCUGUUCUCGGAAAGGUCUGAGUCGAACAUCCAUUCUCCCUUUUCAUCUUCUUGUGUUCUCAAGCUGCAUGCAUGGCACGAGCAUGUGCGAUUGUACAUGAUGUAUAUACACACUACACAGUACGGAUCGGCUAGGGCUCUCCUUUCUGUAUUAUAUGCAGUUAAGAAAGUUCAAGUUUACAUUGUCGAGUGCACCUGCACAAAUUUGUUGGGCUAGUCCGUGUCAGAGAAGAUGUUCAGGAUCGAUUGUUUAAGGAACUUAGUGCAUGUGAUAAAUUGAAUCUGGAUCACCAAAUUUGAUGGGACUUGCAUAUGAUAUGAUCUACAUCGUCCUUUCAUUGUCGACGGUCCAAAUUCAAUUUAGUACAUAUACAUUGCUUAUGUGAUAUUGUCGACAUUAUUUUUUGAUAUGUAUAUAUAGACGA